AUGAUCUCGACCUCGAAGCAUUCAGUUCCUACCCGAGGGGGAGAUGUUUCGUACCGUGUUAAAGGCAAAGGCCAGCCAAUAGUCCUGUUACAUGCAACGCUUCACGACGGCCGAGAUUAUGAGGUCAUUGCCGAUCGUCUGGCAGAGAAAUACCAGGCAAUCAGCGUGGACUGGCCCUGGCACGGCGACUCCAAAGGAGUAUCAAGCAAGGAAUAUCUUGGCGCCGUUGGGUUUGCAGAUAUCCUAGAGGACAUUGUUGAGGGAUUGAAGCUGGAACCAGCCAUCUUUGUCGGCAACUCAGUUGGAGGAUUUGCUGUGGCAAGACUGGCCAUCACUCAUCCAGACAAAGUUCGAGGACUGGUCCUUGUCAACACGGGCGGUUUCGCCACCUGGACUCCCUUCUCCCGGCUGGUGGCUCGGCUGCUGGGUUUUGCGACUAUAUCACGCUGGGUGACGCCGCAUCUUGUGGGAAAGUAUAUGAGCCCUCAGACAAGCCAUGACGAGGAAAUCACCCGCAGAGUGACAGCCAGGGCAAGAACCGAGGAAGGCGCAUCGAUUGCUGCCGCACUCUGGCGCAGCUUUUUGGAUCCUGGGCAUGAUCUUCGAUCUCGAGCAGGGAGCAUCAAGGCUCCGGUGUUGCUUCUCUGGGGCACCAGAGAUCCGGUCUGUUCCAAGGCAGUUGCCGAGGCAACCAGGCUGUGCAUACCUCAUGCAAAGCUAGAGUUCAUCGACGCAGGACACGUGGUCUUCUCUUCGAAGCCGAAUGAGUUUCACCAACUGUUACAGCCGUUUCUUGAGUCAGUUUUCGACGGAGGAGAGCCGCAAGGUGGAAGACCAUGA